UCCCGCCGGCCCGGACUGACCUGUUGCCGGCUUCCUGGGCGGGUGUCCCGGGGGCUGAGGACGGUGACGGGGAUGGCGCGGCCGGGCCGGGGCGCCUGCGCAGACGGCCGGGGCCGGCGACAAGCUGGGGAGCGCGGGGAGUAUGAUGCUGUCGUUUGAAUUUUCAGAAGGCUGUGCAGUCUUUUUAACUGAUGAAAAACAAGGCUUUGUCUUCCUGUAAUUCUGAAGUGAAGUCCGGUCACCCAAGGAAAAGUUAAGUCCAGUUACAAUAUAGGAGUUAGUGAUAGAGCUGAAACAGCUCUCUGGACUGGCCUCAUUGGCUUUCCUGCUUCUUUUGCUUCCCACAGCAUAAGCUUAAAUCAUCUCAGAAGGACGAGGUCCUCCAGCUCAUGGCAUUCACUCAGGCUGGUGAGAGAACUGUCAUCCAGCGCUCAGCCCAAAGUGAGUGGAAACUGGACGCGCCACGGACAGCUUCUUCCAGAACCCGGCCUCGUUCCACAAGGACUCCAUGCGAACCUCCGUGGACAGGAAGAUGCUGGAGCCGCUGUAUAACCGGUACAAAGGUAGGGGCGCAGUGGCGAGUGCGUGCGUCUCCAGGGAGCAGGGUGGCUGUGCUGGAGUCUCCGUGCUGUGUCCCAGGGCCCCCGACGUGCAUUCCCUUCCCGUGCAGAUGUUCAGCUGCACAAAAGUCUGAGGACUGAUGAGCAGCGAGCCCUCCUGCACGUGGCCUGGGCGGAGGCUCGUGUGCCCACGGUUGGCUGCGCACGGUCACUGCUCGGAGGCUUGGUGUCCAGGCCAGGUGGCUACACUUGUUAAGACAGUACUUCUCCCCAGCGCUUGCACGUAGGCAGGAAUACGUGGUGAGAAGGCCAUUCCAGAACGAUACCGACUCGUAAGAGUAAUUCUGAUGCGAGGGUACAGGUAUCCUGCCCUUAACACCGUGUGCUGGUGUUGGAGCCCUGGAACAGCUCCAGCUGCAGAAGCUUCUGGAAAAACUCUUGGCAAAAAAACCUUUGUGUUGUCAGCUGGGGACAGUUGUUAUUUUCAUUGAAAUUGGCACUUAGAGUGGAGCUUUCCCUAUCAAAAUGCAGUCAUGCGGCAAAAAUAAGUCUGCGUGAUGAGUCUGUGCAGAUCCAGGCUGCUCAGCAGGCUCUAGAUUCCACAUCAAAUGUCAGGGUUGGGAUAAAAGCUUCAUCCAUACCGUAACGUGUUUCUGACUUGCUGGAUGAGUCGGAGAGUAGGCGGGCCUCUCACUGCUGUGGCCUCUCCCAUCGCGGAGCACAGGCUCCAGACGCGCAGGCUCAGCGGCCAUGGCUCACGGGCCCAGCCGCUCCGCGGCAUGUGGGAUCCUCCCGGACCAGGGCACGAACCCGCGUCCCCUGCAUCGGCAGGCGGGCUCUCAACCACUGCGCCACCAGGGAAGCCCACAAACUUAGAAAUGGCCGUCGCAUAUUGGAAUUUGGUAUUUUCCGGAAGGCUUAAGUUUUUAGAUCUUUGGAACAUCCUUUUGUUGGGCCUCGCGCAGAAGUCACCAAGCAGCAGACCCGCGGCCACGCUCUGCCACCAGCUGAAAGCGGCACCCAGGGGCUCUGCCCCGGCUGCUCCGAGGCUGCGUCCUCUGGACUGCCCACCAGCGGCCCCCCCCCAGCUGUGUUCACGGGCUGGGGCCACCCCGGAUGUCCUGUGCAUCGCUCGGGAGGAGUGGGGGGCUCAGCUGGCCCCGGGGGGGCGGGUCCUUCGGGCCGGGGUCUCGGCUGCGGCUGCGGGGAGCGUGCAGGGUGCGGGCCGCCCUGACCUCGGGCGGUGGCCGUGCUGUCCUGCUCAGGCGCCCACUGCGUGCGAGGAGCAGCCCUUCCACCGGGUGGUGGGGUGGGGGCUGUGUGGGAAAGCCCUCCUGGAGCAGCCUGGGGAAGGACCCCAGAACGCCACGCGGCAGAGGGACACAGGGCUCACGUGGGACGGCAGGUGCAGAAGAGCACACUGUGCUGGUCACGCACGUGUUCUGAGGUGUGAGACGAGCUGGCAAGCCGUCUGUGAACCGUGUGCCUGUGACGUGUGCAGACGGGCCCACAGCGGCACCUGCUGCCUUAUGAGCUGGGAGCCUCUGGGAGAUAAAGGGGAGGCCGGGCCGGGGCCGGGGCUGCCCGUUGAGCUGCGGGCGGGUACCCUGCACGUGUUCGCUGCACCUGAAGUACCGAGGAACUACCGAGGCAUUUCCGGAAAAGUGUCCCAUACCACUUCAAAGAACUCCCCGGUAUUUAGGAAAAUAAAUGUAUCAAAAUACUACUUGCCCGCCCUGUUUCUGAAUUGGUUUGGGGCUUAGGUGAAGAGAUUAAAAGUGCUGCCUCUUGAUUUGAAAUAAGUUUAUAAUUUUUGUAUUUUUAAAGUUUUAUUUUAAUUUGUGUUUAAAUAAGUCUGCUUUCUACAUCUGCACAUUGGCAUUAUGUAGCUCGUAGCGUUUACCCAAAGCGCUAUUAUUAUUUUAACUUUUGACAAUAUUGUUCCGGUACUUAUUCCUUAUCAAAUUCUGUUCUGAGAUAACCAGGCCAGUAGAACUCCUGAGAGCUAAGUCUGUACCGUAAGUCUGGUGGGUUUUUUCUCUUGUGUAUUAGGAGCAUCGCAAAAGACCAAUCCCAAGAAACACUUGGAACCUUCUGCUAGAUUUUGGAAAUAUGAUUGCAGAUGACAUGUCCAGCUAUGAUGAAGAAGGUACGAGAAGUAGUCGGAACUCAGGCGAUGGCCAGAGGCACUGACGCGGGUGCGCACGUCUCUGCCCCCGGACCACGGGUCAGUGAUGGCAGCGCAGGCCCCGGGGCGGACAGCACCUGCUGACUCCUGGCCCGACCCCGUCCGGAGACGGGGGUGGUGAUCAUAGUGACUAGUAGUCACUUUAUUAUGUCUUGUAAAUCACACAAAAGAAAAUACAGCUUCAUAUUUAGGUAGAGUCAGGAAGACAGUUGUCCGAGCUGAGCCGUUUCAGAGUGGACGUGCAGAGGCCCUGAGGCAGACCUCAACAGGACAGUCGCCGGGGCCCGCUGCCCCGCGUGUGGGUGCAGCGGCUGCUCCGUCGCACGGCCGGAGCUCACGGAAGACCGCAGCCUCCAUUUGCUCACCUGAGCACGCGCGCCUGCUGCGGCCCCCACCCCGAACAUCUCAGGACUCGGGGAGCGUUCGCCUGCCUGCUGAGCGUGGGCGCUGCCCCGUUAGGGAAGCAUGCCCGCCCCCGGCCCCGCCCACCGUCGGCUCCCUCUGCCCGGCCAGGAGGUGGCUGUGCACACUCCCGGCGGGGUCAAGGGUGGGCGGUCCUCACAGGGCCGGCUCCACACAAGCACACCAGCGCUUGCCAACCCUGGUCUGGCUAGAGCAGAAGAGGGUCACUUUAGCCGAUUCUUUAAGUGGAGCACAGGCUAUAGAAAGUUAAAAUCAUUUGAGUUCUUGAAAUACAAAAGCUGGAUUGUGAAAAAAUGCUUUGAAUGUAAAAAUACUGCUCUAAGUCGUUGAUUUUUUAAAAAAAUCUAUUUGCUCUCCUUCAGGAGUGGGGCCUGUUCUUAUAGAUGAUUUCGUAGAAUGUGCACGGCCAGUGGUCACGGGUGGUUAAGGCAGCCCUCUCUAGGCAGAAGAUCGAGAUGGAUUAAGGUGAAAAGGGAGCUGCCCUGCAGGAGACACUGGCCAGCCAUGCCCGUUGCCCAUUUUGGAAGUCAUCCUGACCAGUCGUGAGACUGGAGACCCUCUCCUGCUGCUUAGAGAAGACGCCGCUGACUGUGGACGCCGCACGGAGACCCUCUGAGCUCGCUGCUGGGGCGCCCAGAGACCCAAUCAUAAGAGACCUCCGCAUGAUUUCCGCGUUUACGGAGGAGCUGGGGCCUGUCUGCAGGCUGCAAGGUCGCUGUUGAUCAUGACCCAAAGCGAAGCUGUGCUCACCACACUCGCUGAUUUGUCCGUAACCGCCCCGAGAAACUCCAAGUCAGGCUGCUGGAAACGUGCCCCAAAGAGGACGCGUGUCGUGGAUGCUGGCGGUUUUGAACUUGGUGCCAGGGUUAAGAUUUAUAUUUUUUGAAUCAUCAAGUGUCUGGAUUUAUCAGCUCUAUUUUCAUUUCACUUUUCUCUGGAUGCUCAUCUGGGAAUCAUUUUACAGGUUAACGCACCGUUGCAGUUUGCACAGCGAUGGUGUCAUCGUGAUUCCAGAAAAGUGUUCUUUUAAAUUGCCUGCAAGUCAGUGGGUCUGCUUUACUUAUGAUAACGUCAGCUGAGCUUCCUAAGAAGCGUCAUAAAGUAUGCUUUU